UCACAAAUUCCCAAGGAGAAAAUUAUUCGAAAAUGGCAAAGUUUAACGAUCUGAAGAUUCCACAACUGAAAAAGGAGCUUGAGCAACGUGGUUUGGGAAGUGGAGGUGAUCAAAUGUACAACGAGAGGAGAAAUAGCUGCAGUAAACCGAGUCACUAAGCAAUUUGAGCAGAGCAGAGCAGUUUAAAGUUUAUGUGUGGCUGCUUGCAUCGAGUAUGAAAUCCGAAGAUGGGCAAAACUUCCGAGUACUUAUUAUUGUUCCGAAGGUUAGAAGUCCUGAAGUUCCAAUCGAGCUGGACUAAGUACCAAAUGAAGGCUAAUUGCCGAUCUUAGAGAAAUUAAGGGGUUUCUAGUCUAGAAGCAUGAAUUUCAGUUUUCUAGGUUGGAAUGGGAGACGAGUGAAACAAGAAAGAAGUAAAUAGAAAAAAAACGGAAAAAUAAAAGUGUUGAUCGUUCGGAAGAGGAGGUGGUGGGUGCUCUUUAUCAAUCGAGGUAGUGUUAAAUACAACGGAAUUGUCUACGGCAGAACUGGAACAUAAUUAUUUUUUUUGGCAUAAACAUACAAUCUAUGGAUAGAUAAAUGCAGUUUUAUAGGAUUGUAAAUACUUGACGUUACCAAAUCGUCAUAUUGAAAGACCUGACACGACAAAAAAAACAUUUAAAAUUGUGUCAUGUAUAGACUUGCAAAUUUGCACUAAUAAAAUGCAGUAAUACGUUUAAAUCUAGCUCCUGAAGAUAACUGUGAAAGUCUAAGAAGCAGCAUAAUGGAGAACAAUGGAGACGAAAUGCGGCGCCAUAUACGUCAUGAAAUUGAAGUUCCAGCCUAUCAUCAUGAAAUGGAAAUCAACGACGAUGGACCCGACUCCUAUGGUCUGGUCUACGAUCGUGGCGACCGCACAUCGACUUUGGGAUUGUCACUCGAACAAAGUCCAUUAACAUUCUAUAUGGGCACAUCCGCCGAAUCUGCUGCAGCUACAGCCGCGGUAACAAACUAUCACAACUUACCCAGCUAUCCGCCACCUGUACUCACACCAACUACACCCCCAAAUGCAACAACACACUAUGAAGGUGUCACCACAACGAUAUCCUAUGAUCCCGCUGUGAAUGCACCAUCGCCUUCCGUGUCUACACAACCAAUGGUUGGUUCUAUUGGAGUACAAAUGUAUCCACCGGUGCGACACCAUCUGCAUCAUUACAAUCACGUACAUUCCCAUCGACAUGCUCUGACACAUCGACCCCACCAUACAGUACAUUCACACAUUCAUCCCCAUGUGCAACAGCAUCAGCACCAAAUCCAACAUCAACAUCAGAAUAUCCACUCAGCAACAUCCACCGUACAAAUGGAUGGUGAUAUUCCAAGUGAACGUUGCGGUUAUGAUGCUUGUUUGAUAAGACGUGACCCUUAUUUCGUGUGCAACAAAUGUUUGUCUGACACAUGCCACUGCGCACAUAGAACCUCCGGCGGGCUCAACCACUCAUCUUACGACUCUGUACAUGGGGCAGACCAUAUGCAUACUGCACAGCAUGAACAGCAACAGCAAGAAACAUUGACAGCUAAUCUUAUUACAAAUGAAUUGCCAAGGGUUAAUCAUAUGGAUAUUAGUGUGGUACCUGAUGAGGCGAAUGAAAAUAUAGCUACUAGUUCCAAUGCAAUUAUGCAAUUGCACGAUACUGAAGAAGUCGGAACAGCUGACGCUGUUAAUGAUGAACACGAUUAUGCUUUAGAUAGUUAUUGGACACCUUCAGAUCGUUCAAGUGAUGGAACCGCCCUAACUUUGCCACAUGCUACUACUACUGUUGAUACUCAAAAGACUGAUAUUAAAUGCAAACAAAUGCUUGCCAAUUCCACCCAAAUGGGCGAUGCAAACGCAACGAGGGGGACUGCUCUAAAUACCACCGCCUUUGAUUCCGAAAAUCAUAGGCUUUUAACACACAACAAUACUGUCCGUACGCCUCAUUAUGCUGCAGUGUCUACCAUAACCAGUAGUGCUAUGGCAGGUGGAUCCUCGGCUAUCGCGGAUGGUAAUGCAUCCGUCGACUCGCUGGAUGAUGAAAUGAUGGUAGCAUCAACCACGACCGCAGCAAACCAUGACGGAAAUGACGAGUCGGAAGGUAACAGAGAGUUAACAGGUGAUAGUAGGAGUAACAGGUUAGAUCUGUCGACGAGCGCAACUGCUUUUGAGAGAGAUAGUGAUGAAAAUUUGCAGUUACCUACGGAAUCUAGGGAGGCGUUAGCGCAUACAAACGAUACCUUUCAUACAUCUCCAAUAUCACUUAAUAACAGCGACGAGGUGACCUCUGCAUCUGACACGGAACGCGCUCAUUUUGCCGACACAUGCACCACCAACACGACUACAACAACAUAUGCUAUAAAGAAGCAAAGUAAACCUGCGAAUGCAGUAGGCUCUAGUGGCGGCAAUGGAAACGGUAGUAAUAAUGCUGGUGGUGCUGACGGUAGAAGCAGCGUUAGCAGUUCGAUCAGUAAUCGUGGGUCGGUGGGCAACGUAGACGAUUUAGUUGACAUGGAUGCAUUACCCAGCUUUAGUGGAGCUUCAAACAACAACUGUGCUACACCUAACGGCUUUAGUGAUGAAGCGCAUUCAGCGACUAAUUUUCGCUCCGUUGGCAGCUCAGCAUUUGCUUUAUUCAAUAGCGAUCACAGUCGAGCUACGCAUCAGGCAGAUGAUGAUGGUGGCGAUGAUGAUGAUGAGAUUAUUUGGAAUUUGCAUAAGCCGCGCGUUCAUAGUAAUACUAGCACCCCCGGAGGAGCACAACAUGUUAGGCCAAAUCCGCAUGAAUUUCUGCGUUGGAGGGAACGUGAACGUCAACGCAUUAAAGAUCGCGAGCAGCAACAGUUUAGGAGAGGUGGGGUUACUAAUGAGUGGUUGCGCGAUUCAAGGGAAGAUGAAACGGAUCGACGAGAAAACUAUUCACAAGAAAGAUCGAGUAGCUGUCGACCAGCAGAUGGAACCCCAAGGGCCGCCAAAAUUCCACGUAUAAGCAGCAGCCUUGUGCGGUCUAAUACUGAUAAUGCUAGCUGUGGUAUUAUAUCUGUAGAUAAUGUUGCUACUAACUCCAGUGAUUCCGCCGAUAGACGGACUGCGCGUCGUAUAAUGUGGCGCAUGCUGAAUGUUCAUGAAUCCAGCGAGGUAGAUGAGGUACCACAACCACCAUCUACUCAAAAUAUGCCGGAGGUCACUCGGCCUUUGACCCCACCUAGUAGUACAGCUCCAUCGGACAAUGGUGCGGCAGUCGAACGGGGCUCAUACGUGAUCACAUAUGCUGGGCAUAGUGUUGGUCAUUCAACAGACAACAGUGUAGUGCUUUUAGAGGACAGUGAUUUAGAGGAGCAUCCCCAUAUUUAUACCACUGGGUAUUCAGUGGGAUCUACGUCUGAUGCGGGCGAGGUAGGCGCAUCAGUAACUUUACCUACAGAGGUGACGGCGGUGUCAUCGCCUACGGUAAUUCAGCCCUACAUCGAUGACGAGCAGCCAACUUUUUCUGGAGCCGUAGCUACUAACUCUAUUGAAGCUUCUACAUCCGCCAGUGGAGCAAAUAAAAACAGUUCGAUAGCCACAAAAAGUCCAGCUUCCAUGGACAUAUCCAAUAGAAGUGGUGAUGGUACAGCUGUAUUAACUGCUCCUGAUUUGCAAUUGGAUUGGUUAUCGGAUUCCACAGGUGACGACGAUGAUGUUGUAUUCGUUCAUUCCACUCGUGAACCCAUACUAUCGAUUGAUCUUACCACUGAUGAGGACACGCCUGCCCCAGUACAAAAUGUAAGCGGUGAUGACGGUACCGCUGCAGAUUCUAAUGGAGCGACAAUAGAAGGGAUGGAAAGCGCACAAUCGAAUUAUUUCCGGUUGAAUCCACAAUUUAGAGAUGUGGCAGCAGGCGGUCCAUUACUGCAUCCAUAUGCAGUUGUUCCGCCAGGUUAUCAACAGUGGGAUGUAGCCGGUUCAAAUAAUCAGCAACAAGCGUCUUCCAAUAUUGAAACUGAUGAACCCCUAGCACAUCCGCAACACCAUCACGAAUGUAUGAGGCAUGCCGUUUAUCAGCCGCAACAGGCGCAUCAACCGCAACACCAGCGAUUCUCCUCAUUGCUGCGUAAUCGUUAUUACAAGUAUAUACCGGCUCCAAAUCCAUUUUACGAACCACAACAAGCUCAUCAGGCACAACACCAACGACCCAUGAUGCAUGAGCUGCAUGGUCUAUGUCCGGAAAUGCGGCGUCUGCGACGUUCACCGCAAUUAAGUAUGCCGACGGCGGCCGCCACAAUGGGCCGCUCGGCGUUACCAGUUUUACGCAGCGGUGCCACAGCAACAGCACCAAAUGCGGAUGGCGCCAUUAUUUCUAUACCCACCAUUGAAGAGGUGUCUUUACAAGAUUUAUUUGGGGGUCGUGUACCGGGGGCUCAUGUACCUAUGCACCCACAUCAGAGUCGCAACGAAGGAAACAAUCUUCUCUACUCAACACGCCCUCCUGGCCCUUCACGCUUUCCCAGGGGUAUACCUGCUGUUAGCCUUAGCGACAGCGUUGACGCUGCUGACAGUUCAAAUAUUGCUGUUGGCAGCAGCGGUUCAUAUUCAAAUACGUCAGUUGGUGAUAACAACAACAACAAUAAUAGUAGUCCACCCAUACCGCAAAUAGCGCCAUUUUAUUUACACUGUCGGCGCGCCGAUGAUGAAGUGCCGCCACUUCAACGAACCAUUCAUUCACAACAAGAGCCCACCCUCAUUCCCUCAUGUUCGUUCGGCCGCAGUCGUACGACAUUAGCCGGUGCGGCAUUAGCGGCCGCAGCAGUAGCUGCACGGGCGUACCCCCAUACCGAUAUCAGCGCAGGACACAUGCAAGGCGUAUCGCCAACAGCACCUAACUACGUGUCUUCUGCCACAGCUCCUGCAGUACACCCACCGGGUCCACCGCCCGACGCUGCUUCAACACUGACCGCUGUUGGACAUUCGAGUAAUAGCGGUGGUGGUGGUAGUAGCGUAGGCAGCGAUGAACGUGUCAGUGGCAUGCUGCCUUAUCCAACAUUUGCGGUAAAUGCGAGAGCACGUGCCCCACUCCCUACGCUGAUGGGUCGCCUGCAACCAAGUGGUAGUGGUAUUGGCGGCCCUUCAGGUAGUGCUGGCCAUCAUAGUGGUGCUCGUCAUGGUGGUGCAGCACCGCCGUAUCCCGUGCAUCAAAAUCUUUGGUAUCGCCAACAACACAUACAAGAAAUACAUCGUCGCCACAUGACACCCACACCCAUUGAUUUGUCCUCGAAUCCACUGAAUCUAACAAAUAGUUUCCGUUGGCGUUCACAGCUACCGAAUACAUGCUCGUGUGUGCAUGCCAGCAAUGGACCGGUGUCCAGUUUAGAUCCGGCGUACUAUCCUUAUGAAGCACAGCAACGUCGCCGGUCGGCCGUGCAUCACCACAUGUUUCAUCAUUACUCACCGGUGCAUCUGGAAAUUGGACUUUCUACACCGCUUUCACACAUAGGACCGCAUAUUUUAAUUGGUUCUGCCAUAAGACCGAAUCGUGGCGCCACUCUGGAAAUUAUUGAACGCAACACAUUGCCACAUAAAUACAAACGUGUUCGCCGCCCAAGCGAAUCUGACGAAGAUGCUGAGAAGUGUGCCAUUUGUUUGUCAUUAUUUGAAAUUGAGAAUGAUGUGCGUCGUUUGCCAUGCAUGCAUCUCUUCCAUACUGAUUGCGUCGAUCAAUGGCUGGUCACAAAUAAGCAUUGUCCCAUCUGUCGUGUGGACAUUGAGACACAUUUAACCAAAGAUGCGACCACCACUAGUGCUUUAUGACACUCAUCCACCACGGGACUGCUUAUGUAAAGUGAGGAGAAGUGAGCGGGCAGGAGAGAGAAUAGUAAAACUAAUAUCUGCUGCGUUCAAAAGAAGCAAGAAAUCAGAUGGAAACCAUACAAAAACAUAGCCUGAUAUUAAUUGUCAUACAAAAAACUUUGAUCGCAAUUAAAAGCAGAAUCCCUAGUUAUAAGUUAUUUAAAAGCCAAAAGAAAAAACAUGUAAAAUAUAUAUAUUAUUAUUAUAUACAGUAUAAUGCAUAUGAAGAAAUGAAUUAAUAGCUUUAAGCUAUUUCCUAAUUUUUGUAAA